GGAGCUGCUGAAUGACCUUGAGCCAGGCUCCGACUCUCAGUUUAAAAAAACAACAACCUGUUGCUGGCCACAAUGAAGCUUUUUCAGCCUCUGCUUCACUCCGGCACUUUGUGCUAAUGUUGAUCAAUCCUGAUUCAAAAUCUGAAGCUGUCAUUCAAACAACAUGGAGUCUCAAAGCAGACUGAGUGGCAGAUGACCAACCAGGACGGUGCCAGUGAUGGAGGCUCUGUCGCCAAGAAGUGGAGAAAAUGGUGCAACCAGUGGUCAAGAGAAGGAUUCUCUUGUGUAGGAUGGUCAGAGCCAAACUGGAUAAACCAGUUGAACAAAACCAAAAAGAUAAGUGCGCAGCGGAGACACAGAGACAAAGUCAACACCCUGAAGAACCUGUCAGCCCCAAACAGAAACCAGAGAGUGUCGGAUCAGACCGCCAACCGUUGACGGAGAGGAAGUUUGAUCCACUGCAGUGGAACAGCCGAGAGGAAGAACCUGAACCAUGGUUCCAGCUGAUGACUGGAGGCGACGCCGACAGCCUACCAACACACCUGCGUCCGUUCUGCAGCCAGGCAGAGUAUGAACUGGUGAAAAGCACGUACCAGCAGCUCCAACAGAGCGGCUUCUACUGGGGGCCGAUGACCAUGGAGGAGGCGCACGAAAUACUGACACACUCAUUAGUGGGCACCUUCCUCAUCAGAGACAGCGGCCAGCCAGAUGUUUUCUUCACCCUGAGUUACCAGAGCGAAGACGGCCCGACUAGCGUCCGCGUCCAGCUGACCGACCUGCUCUUCAGUCUGCACGGCAGCCAGAAGAAGUACCCAUCUCUGUUCGCUCUGCUCACCUACUACACCAGCUCAUCCUGUAAGCUGACUGUGCCCUAUCGGCGGCAGCGUCCGGAGAAACUGAAGCAGACGUGCAGGAGGGCGUUUGUUCGUACGUACGGAGCAGAGAAUAUUGGCAGUUUACCUGGACUGACCCAUCAAGUUAGAAACUAUCUUCACGCGUACCCGCACUCUACAUAGACACACGUGUACCUGCAGCAACAUGUUGUGUUUUGUACAUUAAAAAAAAAAACAUUCUGCAUUUGUGUCAGCAAUGAAGUGCAGUGGUUUGCACCCUCGCCUCACAGUGAAAAAAGUAGAGGUUUAAAGUGUGGUUUGGUCAUUGCCUCUGAGUUUGUAUUUUCUCUGUGGGUGUAAACCACCUCUCGCUCAACGUCAGCUUGGAUUGGCUCACGACCCUCAAGGGACCAGAGGUAUAGAUGUUAUAUAUGUAUUUGUGUUAUUUAAGCUUUUUUGUAAUUAUAAGUAUAGAAAGUUUGUUGCCUGUGUAAGUUGCUCAAGAGUUCUUUUUGCACAUGUAAUGGCAUGGAAGUUUAUGUGAUUAUUUCUUUUAUUAGUUCUAUACAUUCUGUCAGAAUUUCAUCAUGUGCAUAUAUAUAUAUAGGAAACAAGUGCUUCCAUGACACAUGCAUAGACUAUAUGUAUAGAUGGAUGUGUUAGUCA